GCGGCGCACCGUACGCACCGUUUCUUCCUGUCGCUUUUUAUAUAUUCCACAGUAGCGUUUCUUUGUUUAUUGUUUUGUUUUGGUUGCUUUGAAAUUCGGGGCCGGGCAAUACGCAUUUGGAUUACCGUUAAACAUCGCGAGGCGAAGAGUGACGAACAAAGGAAAGAAAAAUGUCUCUGCGCGAUACUUACGAUAGAGAAAAUACGUAGUGAGCGUGCAUCGCGCGUUACUACGGUUUCGUCAAACUCGUCUUUCGUCCGAUCCAGCCGGUCGGCGGAUGGGCAGCGUGUCGCCGGGAAAGCCCCAGCACGGAGGAAAAGAAUCGGGCGGAAGGAGUCGUCGUUGCGGUUGUGUCCGCGGCCCCAUCGGCGGAGGAUUAUUCGGAAGGAGAGUGAGCACGGAGAUCGAUACCGAGGAGAGGAUUUCGCUGGAGGAGGUGAAACACGCGGGACGCAAAAGAGUGCGGCAAAAAAAAAACGAGUCGUAACGAAAUUGACAGGUCGGUAGGAAGCGCCGCGCGAGUGUUGUGCCCGUGAGUGUUUAGUGUUGUCAUUCGCGUCUCCGUAACGUCCGCGAUGUUCGGAGUUCCGAGGUUUUGGUGCGAGUGACAGAUCGAUCGAAGCGCUGCCGUUGGCGCUUCCGCGCGAUAAAUCUUUGUGACCGUUGCUCGUUCCGGCGUGUGUUUAAACAAGAAAAUCGUUCAUCAUCGAGCCAGGGGGAACGGUGCGUCGCGUUGUUCUCUAAUAAUCGAGCCUCCCGCGAGCGUGAAGUGACCUUGGGUCGAAAAUUCCCUGAAUUCUUGGGCUCUGUAGCCGCUUCGACGAAAAUAAAGAAAACAAGGAUAUUCGGCAAGUGAUCCGAAGCUAAAUCAAAACAAAAUAUGAUCGCCCACGUUCUUUUCAUCAUUUUCAUCAGCAUCGGAGCCUCCGUUGCCGCCAACUCCGUCAUCUACGCCGACGACGACGUUCAAAACUAUCUCACGAAGUACGGAUACCUGCCGGAGAGCGACCGGGAAACCGGAAACCUGAGGACCGACGAUCAGCUGCGGGCGGCGAUAAAGCACUUGCAGAACUACGGUGGAAUCCCGGUGACCGGGGAGAUCGACGAGGAGACGAGAAAAUUGAUGAGCUCCAGGAGGUGCGGGCUGGCCGAUUACCCGGAUCGCAGGUUCGCCAGGACGCGACACCGGAGGUACACGAUACACGGACAAAAGUGGCCCUACAGGAACCUCACCUGGAGUUUACGAACGGAGCAGCCGGGCGGCCUGGAGACCGGGGGCGUGAGGCGGGAGCUGAGCAAGGCACUGAAUCUCUGGGCGAGCAAUUCGAAGCUGACCUUCCAGGAGAUUAACAGCGACCAGGCGGACAUAUUGGUUUACUUCUAUCGGGGUUAUCACGGCGAUGGAUAUCCAUUCGAUGGCAGAGGCCAGAUAUUGGCGCACGCUUUUUUCCCCGGCCGGGAUCGAGGCGGCGACGCGCAUUUCGACGAGGAGGAAAUAUGGUUGUUGGAGAACGACAGCAACGAGGAAGGGACGAGCCUCUUCGCAGUCGCCGCUCACGAGUUCGGUCACUCGCUCGGCUUGGCCCACAGCUCGGUCCGCGGCGCCCUGAUGUAUCCUUGGUACCAAGGCCUGACCAAGGACUACAAACUCCCAGAAGACGACAGACACGGAAUCGAGCAGAUGUAUGGUGCUUCCGAAGAAAAAUUGUGGGCGAAUCUCCCCAGCGGUCAAGUUCCGCCGGCCACAACCUCGACCACGACCACCACGACGACCCAGAGAACGACCACGAGUCGCCGAGCCUGGAGGCCGCCCCCGACCCGACCCAAUCACUAUCCCGACGACAGGUACGGACGACCUCGCGAUCGUUAUCCCAUAAAACCUGACUACAGAACCGAGAGGCCGGACUAUCGACCACCGAGGACGCGAAAACCUCACAGACAUCAUCCUACCCCGAGCACUACCAGCACCACUGUCGCACCCACCUACAGACACAGCCAUCGCUAUAGACCAACGCCCAGGAACGAUAUUCCUGACAAAUGUGACACUAGUUACGACGCUAUUAGUGUUAUAAGGAGGGAAAUUUACAUCUUCAAAGGGAGGUAUCUCUGGAGGAUCGGAGACAACGGCCUUUACGAAGGUUACCCGGCGGAGAUAACGCGUCUUUUCAAUCUUCCCGAAGACAUCGAUCACGUGGACGCCGUUUACGAGAGACUCGACAAAAAAAUAGUCUUCUUCAUCGGAGCGUAUUUCUACGUAUUUCAUGGCCACAAUAUCAUGCCUGGCUAUCCGCAACGCAUAAGUUCGAUCGGGCUUCCCAAGGAGCUUAAGAAAAUUGAUGGUGCUAUGGUUUGGGGACACAACAGUCGAACGUACUUUUUCAGUGGCACUCAAUACUGGAGGUUUGACGAUUUAACGAAUUACGUGGAGCUCGAUUAUCCCAGGGAUAUGAGCAUGUUCGCGGGUGUUGGAUACAACAUCGACACGGUCUUCCAAUGGACCGACGGCAAAACGUACUUCUUCAAGGGAAAAGGUUACUGGGAGUUCGACGAUAUGAGGAUGAAAGUCGCCCACGCUCGACAAAAACCAUCGGCGCCGUUCUGGAUGGGUUGCGAGCCGGAAAUGGAGACGAACGACGUGGAUCUUCCAGGAAGAGCGCGAGUCGUUUUGGGCAGUUCACAGAGGCGGAACGUGCCUGUUUUUUCCGUCGUUACGAUACUCGCGAUUCUGUCGCUAAUUUCGAUCAGGAUAUCGUAAAAAAUGUUUUUUUUUUAUUCGCUAUCUUUAUUCGUAAAUACGAUUUAUGUUGAAUCGUGGUCGUUGUAACGCGUGGGGUAGGUUGUUUUUUUUAAUUAGGAUUAUUACGAAAUUCCGUAAGAUAAAUGUCUCUGAAGACUUUUCAACGCCUUAAAAAUCGAGCGAAUUUCUCACAAGCCUCAAAUCCAUCGAUUGUUGUUCAGCUUUUCCUGUCCACGCAACGGAGAAUCUCCAUUUUAUACUUAAUCUACAAUUCCAAUCGAUUUCCGGCGCGUUAUCGAGAACGGAGACAUUUAUUUUCCUUUUAUUUUUUCGUUUUUAAUUUUACACGACCGUUCGACGAACAAAUAAAAACCAAGAGAAAGUUACAACACUGCCACCAAACAUCGUGCCUCGUGUGCACGUGUUCAUACUUCAUUGAGCUCCAAAAAUUUAGAUUGCGGACUAUAUAUAUUAAAUAACGAAAUGUCAUACUGCCAAAUAGUAAUGAAGAUGUUUUUCUACAUUUUAUCAUCGAUUAUUGAUCCCCCAAAGUCGAGUCUAUGCUAUUGCAUCCUCAACGAGUAUUUUUAUACAUACUUUUUGAAAAGUCUUUUAUUAUUAUUAUUAUUAUUAUCAUUAUUAUUUCAUGUAUACAAAUUUUAUCGGAGCUAGUUCAAUAUUUAAUUUAUACCGGAUUUUUUCGGCGAUGAGUAGAGGUUUUGUUCACGAGGAAUGAUGAAACAAUCCGUAGGAUUAUUCUUCGUGUAGUUUUUUUUUUUAGCACAUUCACAUAUGACCUUACGGCACUUUGACGAGGAAACAAAAGAAGAAGAACAACGGAGUGCAUCAGUUUUAUAAACUGUGAUAUUUUAUGUUAAUGAAAUGAAAAAAAACGAAUAAUAAAAAAUUUUAACAUAGCUAGCCAAUAUAUCGAAAUAGGAGCGAUUUAUGUAUAUUGUAUAAUAACGAAUGACAAUGUCGGAUAAAAAUAUAUUUAUAAAUUUAUACACAGUGAAAUUGUCCCCGCGGAAGGAAAAAAUAAACCAACAUGUAAUAAUGGACAUGAUUUUUCGCAAUCGCGAGAGCGAAAAGACUUUUACAACCGGAUCGAUCAAACUACGAUCGACGAAUCUUUUUAUAUGUAUGAUAAUAAAGAACGAAAUUCCAAAAGCA